GGAAGAUCAGGUUGAUGUUUGCCUGCCAUUCCCACAAUAGUAUCCAGCUGCAACCCCGCAGCCCCACACGUUUCAGGACACACAAUCCAGACCAUACGAUCCAGGCCGGAAGUGAGGGGCGGAGUUAGUAAAACGUAACAACAUGGCGGAGAGCAGGAGACAUACUACAAUUCAGAGAGGUAAAGAAUUACCUCAGCUGCAACAGUGCCAAAACUGUUGCAGCCUUUAUCAUUGCCCUUUCUGCAGGACAUUUAAGCCAACCAGACUGGACAAAUUAACAUUGCAUCUGCAGAGCCAUUCCAGCAAGGCAGUUGUCUAUGAUGACUUCACUAUACACCGAUGUGGGCUGGGCUGUAGACCUGCACUUCAUUAUCACUGUCCAUACUGUGGAACUACAGCUUUAAAGAGAAGGGAUUUUGAACACCAUUUACAAAUUUGCAAAAAUAAAUCGCUUCCCACUUCAGACAUAACAGAUGUUCAGGAAACCCCAUCAGCAGCAAGUGUAACGGUGACCACACCGGCAGUGAAAAAAGCCCCGUUACCAACAUGUGAAACAGUGACCACACUGGCAGUGAAAAAAGCCCCGUUACCAACAUGUGAAACAGUGACCACACCGGUAAUCUUACCAACCACUAUUGUUUCCUCAGGCAGGGUCCGUGUACAGCCUGUCAUUAAAAGAAGAUGCCCUAUUUGCAGUGUCCUCAUGAAUAGAAAAAACUUAAAAAAACACAUUGACCGGAAACACAUCGAACAACCAAUGCAGGAUAUUAGUGCUGCAUUUCAUCUUACAAGCCAAUGUGUUGAUAAGACCAAUGGUAUAUUUACCGUUCUUAAAGCUACUAAAGGACAGAGUGUUCCACUUCAUGUUCAAUACAAGACAUGGGGAGAAGAACAUAAGGUCCUCUGUGAAGUAAACGAAUGUCAAGUCAACAUGGAAGUUGCACGGAGAAGUGGGCUCUUCUCUUACCAAUGCAAGCACAUAAAAUCUGUAAUGUACUGCACAUCCUCUGCAGAACCUGUCACUUUGAAAGAGGAGGUUUUAACAGAAAUGGUAAAAGCAAAGUGGUUCGGUAGCGAAAAGAAAAAAAUAUGCCUUACUCGGCAGCAACUUGCUGACGGUCACUGUAUGCCAAUCUCUGUUCAAACUUCAAUUGACAUCCCACAAACCAAAAAAUUCAUUUCCGUAUUUGAACCCAGUGUAUCCUAUUACAGCCGGUUGGGACGUGUAAUGGUUGUCUAUGAUACUAAAUUAAACACAUGGCACUGCCCCUGUGCAAAAUCUAAAUGUUCAUGUGUGCACAAAUAUAUUGCAAAGUGGCACCUGUUUCAAACACAGCGUGACCUGUUUCGGACAGUCUUCAGCACAGAACAUUCACCAAACAAAAGGCCACAUCCCCAGUCAGAGGAGGAGGAGGAUUUCACAAAUGAGAGUCCUGUGUAUCCGCCAAAAGGUCUGGGACUAAAGAACAUGGUAUCUUACAUUUUUCAGAACAAAAAGAUACCCGCUGUUCUGCCAGAUGAUGUUAGGGUUCCAUCACCAGAAAAAAAUUACCCAAGAAGCCUCUGUCCUUAUGAAACUAUGUGUCAGAGAUGUCCAGGAGUUGUCCCCCUCAGUGAUCCUAUUUUAAUUACAAGAAAAGCGAAAAUACUGUCAAACUGGCACAUAAUUGAAGAUGUUGCCACUUACAGUAAGCAGUGCCCGCUGUGUGGUAUGUUUUACCACUAUCAAGAAUGGAAAGACGGCUUGCAUAAUUUUAAUGAUCACAUCAUACUUGACCUGCCCUUAUGCCUGACUUUGAGAGGCCUUCUCCAGGUCCACACUGCUGUUAGUAGAGCAGUCGAUUUUUUACAAGAUUUGACCGGUUAUACGUUUCCACCAGCAGAUACGGUACUGCAUGCCUAUUUACAUUUUGAAGCCCUCACAGAACAGGAGUACACAUAUUCAUGUGUCACCUGUGGUGAUUACCCCCCUGUUGUGAUAAUGGAUUUACACAAGAAGGGUGUUUUCCAGUUUUCUGUAAGUGACGUAGAAGAACCUCCAGAGAGCUUUCAAGGGGAGGUGAAUCUAGAAACGUUCUGGGAGGCUUUGUCCAAAGAGAUGAUAUGCCGUGGAUUUGUUACAAGUGGUGCACAUAAUCCAUUUGCAGUUCCACCUACUUAUCACUUCUGGGCUCCUUGGAUUGGCAAGAACACACGUCGUUCGGACACUGUGCUAAACACAGAGUUUGAAAAACGUCAUGCUUCAAAGUUUUCAUCAGAGAUCUCAGAAAUUACAGUUACCAAGGAGAGGCUCAAGGAAGAACUUCGCAAACAAAAGGUAAAUGUCAUUAGGAGAUUGUGCAAAGAAUGUGGUUUAGACUCCACCGGAUCUCGCAAUGACCUCCUCCUCAGAUUGUCAAAAGAAAUGAAAUCCAGGCAGACAUAUGAUAAAAUCUUUGAAAAAAUUUGGGGAGCCUCUGAAAACAUGAACAUCUCCAGUGAGGAAACCACAGAAAUUGAGAUGGAGGACACAACCCUUACAUCUGUGACAGUCCCAACCACAGAAAAUGAAAUGGUGUGUAACAUCAAACACCUGUCUGCAAAUAGAGUGUGCUGGGAUUGUCUACCAAGUCAUAGGCAAUCAGAAAUGCUUGACUGGGCCUUGAGAAUAGAGAACCCAGAUGAGACAAUUGCUGAAAUUGACAACAUUGUCCUGAAAAGAAAAGAUUUUUGGACGCUGGGUCUCAAUGAGCAGUUGGAGGCAACAAUUGCAAACAGCUGUCUUGAAGUGGUUGCAUUGGUGGCUAAAGAACAGGGAAUGGAUGUGUGGACAGCUGACGCAUAUGUUGUGGCUACCUGGUUACCUCCAAAUAAUUUGGACCCAUCACUGUCUUUUCCAGAUCACAUUGCAUUCAAAGAUGCUAUUGUCUUUCCUGCUUGGAAGCCAGGACACUGGAUGUUGUGUUAAGAUGACAGCUAAAAUUGCACCUGGCACAUGGAUGCUACUAAAAAACAAGGUUAAUUUUGUAAUUGGGACAUAUGUCAAUCUCUUACACACAACCUAAAUAUUUUUCUUUUUCAUUUUUUUUUAAGGAUGUCCCCCAACAGAUUGGCUAU